UUAACGCAUCUCCAAUGUUCAGUAUGUUCAGUGACUGGAGUCACUAAUUAGGACGGAUCUCAGCCCCUAGUUAAUCGUUAUCACUGAAUUGAAAAAAUUUAAUUGUAAAAAUAUCUCCCACUGAUGCGACUUGGACGAAUGCGAGUCCCCACAAAUCCAUUUAUGACUGUGAUAAGCCUCACCUUUUAUCGAAUUUUAUUGGAUUACUUUUUUAUGAGAGGUAAAUGAACAAGUGACGCUUCGUUUGAGUAUCGCAGUCUGAUAUUCGCGAACGUGUGAAGCUCUUCGUUAUUCGGAUAAAAUCAGGAAUUUUAAUCUGUGAGCUUUACUCGUUAUGAUGAGAGUUUCUUCUUGCGUUAUUGUGCUGGUGUUUUUCGUCGAUUUUCAGAUAGUUCUGGGGCUGAAGUACAAAUUUGUUAAUGUGAUUUUUCGACACGGAGAUCGCGCCCCAUUAAACGACGAUGACGAACCAUUCCCGACUAGUCCGUACUUGAAUUCGACUUUCCCUCCCAACGGAGCUGGACAGUUAACAAAUAUGGGAAAAAAACGCGUGUACGACCUCGGUGUUUACAUCCGCAAUCAGUACAGCGAAUUACUGGGAGACUUUUAUCACCCAAGUGUCAUAAUUACCCGGAGUACAAACUCGGACAGAACGAAAAUGUCAUUGUUGGCAACGAUGGCAGGAUUAUUCCCUCCCGCAUCGGAACAACAUUGGAAUUGGAAUUUGAACUGGCAGCCAGUCGUCAUCAGCUAUCCGCAGGAAGAAGAUGUCCUUUUGCAUCCGUACUACUGCCCAAAAUUUGUGAGAGAACUCAAACUCGUGGAAGACUCCCCAGAGGUGCAACAAGAACUCAGUCAGUACCGCGAGAUGAUGAAGAACCUCACGGAAUGGUCCGGCAAGCCGAUCGUCUCCGCGAAGCACUGCGACGGCCUUUACAACGGUUUAAUGGGGUUGUACUCCAUGGGACUCGAACUACCCCCCUGGACCUCGGGUCUUUUUCCCCACGGGCCGCUAUUAAAUUGUACAACUCUCAACUACCGAGUCUACAGUUGGAAUCAGAGGAUGAAGACGUUAAAUGGAGGAAUGCUCCUGAAGACCUUCACCGACAACAUGUUGGCAGUUGCCACGGGGAAUUGGACCUCUCAACCGCGAAUGAUGCUGAUGAGUGGACAUGAAAUAAAUCUGACGUCUUUUCUUGAUGCCCUCGGUGUCUACCAACCCCAUGUGCCGGAAUAUGCGAGCGCCAUUUUUGUUGAGUUACUGGAGGACGAGACUGAGUAUUACAUCAGUAUAUGGUAUUACCUGGGGAUUCCCCCGAGGAAAACGCGCAUAACCGUUCCGGGAUGCGCAAACUUAUGUCCUCUCGAGCAAUUCGUGGAGUUGUACAGGAACAUUUUGCCGACUGAAGACGAUAUGACAUGCUAACUGCCGC